AUGAAAUUGAGGAAGCCUCUGCCAUUUAAUGUAUCCAACAUGGCGUCAUAUUUCCGAGCGAAGACUGGAACGCAUUCCUUGCUCAUGAAUAUUGAACAAAAUGGCCGUGAAUGCAAAUGCAAAUGAGAUUGUUUUGUCAUUGGCAAAUAGACCAUUUCAAGAGGCGAAAGUAAACGGCAAGACAAUAUGUUCAGCGUGUUUUGACGAUACGAAUGACAUUAAAUUUUUCAUUGAAGAUAACGGCUUAACGCAGCAUUUUAGAGUGAAGCACAGUCAGUUGGUGCUAGAUGAAGGCAUAACCAAGCAUUGUAAAAUGCUUUUCCAAAACCUACAUGGCCAAGAAACAUCCAAAAUAUUAAAGCAACUAUCCGCUCUUCGACUAAAUACGGUAAGAAUACAUGUACCUCGUCAUUUUAUAUGUCUAUAAUCUUUUAUAUAAAGUCUUGUUUUGAUAAGACAUAAAAGUCCAUGUAGAAGUUUUCAAACAAAUAUUUCAGUCAAUAAUUUACACGAGAAGUGUUUCAAUUGUAAUUUAAUAUUUUAUUUGGAGUUUAUAUAUGAAUCAUCAGGUUGGUUUAAUGAACAGACAGAACAGUUUACUGCAUAUGAAAAUGUGAGAAUAUAGCUUGAGGAUUGUUUAAUAUUAUAAUAUUGUAUUACUGGAAAUUAGGAAACUAUUGCGACAUUGACAUUCCAUUUAAUAUAUCCAGACACUUCAAUAGUUGGAGCGCACAUCCAAUGGGGGAGAAGGGGUCUUCAUUUUAAAUUUUCAUAUUUAAAGAGGGCCGGGUAGCUUGAGAUUUUAAAAAAAACGGCAAAAAAAUAUGUAUUUUAGUGAUAUUGAAGAGGGAAAAAGUGAUAUCUUAAAGAGGUUAGUAUAAGAUGUCCUCUGGGGUAACUUCCACAAUGACCACAAAUUGCAUCCAAUUGCAAUUGCAUCCUAAGGGGGAUUGAAGGGUGCCUAUAUUAAAUGGUGCCUACUUAAACAUCACGGCCUUUUAAAGCAUUUGGGAAGGACUUCUUGCCUAGUUAAAAUUGUUCUAAAAGGAAACACUAAUGACAGUCAUGGCCAGUGUUUUAAGUUAUGGGAUGCUGUAGAUAAAGUUUAUGCUGAAUGUUUUAUUACACCUAAAAGAGUAAGUUUUAUAUCAUAUAUUACAAUGCUAUGUAAUUCAUUACAACGUUUACACUGUCAGGUACAAGUCACAGGUAUCUUCAUCAUUGCAGAAAGUAUAAAAAAUUGAAAACAAUGACUGGCAUUGGUGGAGAAAGCAAAGGGUAGGGGGGGGGGGGCAACUGCUACCAAAAUGCCUGCAAUACUUACCAUUACGUAUACAGAGCAUAGCCAACUCCUUUUAACUGGUCCAUACCAAGACACAAGGUUAACAAGACACAAGGGAAGGUAGAGCCAAUAAGGUUUUUUAGGGCGGUGCUGAAUGAGCAGCCAAGCACACUGAACCCAUCUAACUGGCCAGCAACAUAUUGUCAUGAAAGUGCACCUAGUAUUAUCUUGGUUAGAAUUUACAGAUAUAACGUUGAAUAAACAUAAUUUAACAUCAUAUAAAAUAUAAACUCCCAAUUCUCUUCAUACUAAUGCCUCAAACAUUAAAAAGUAAGAUAAUUUUUUUUUUGGACCCCAGUAGAUCAAGGCCAACAGGGUCCUACCCCCUAUAAAUCCAUCACUGCAAGGGAACAUUAUCUGGUUAACCAAUUGAGUGCCAACACUUUUUAUGCAUUAGACAGGAUUAAUAACCAAGUAGCAUAUGCCCUUCGUUACAUUACUUUUUCUAAUAUACCAGACAAUGUUACUUGUCAUUGACAGAGUGCAUGGUACUAAUGGAUUUUUGUUAUUCCAUAUUACUGCAUAUUUCGAAAAAAUGCAGGCUACUUGGUUAUUAACCCGGUGUAAUCCAUAAUAAUUGUUUGCAAAAUUAAAAACCUGGUUAAAACUGACUGAAAAAGUAUAUACAAGAAUGCAUUGCACAUGGUUACAAUAAAAAUGGCAAUGCGCCUGGGUGCGCCCGACUUUAUUAUUUUACUCUGUAUAAUGCCUGACUAUUUUACUCUGUUUAAUGUCAGACAAUUUUACUUGUCAGUGGGAGAGCGCUGCCACUCAAUGGGUUAAAUAAAUGAAUGAGAUGUAUAAGUUGGACUAAAAUUAGGCAGGGUGAGAUGAAAUGUAGGAAUAAAUAUUUAAUACAAAAGAACAGUUAGACAGUAUCUAUUUUCAACAAGUUUCUAUUGUUUUUAUAAUAACAACAAUAAUCAAAAGUAACCAUUAUUUUGAUACUAGGUGUAAUACAUUGUUAGAAAAUGAUCUCAUCUACAAAGAUUCCAUUAUUUGUAUGCUUUAUAUGCUAUAAACUGUCUCAUAGUGAGCUUGGUAGCAAUUAGAGUGAGUUGUCUGAAUCAUUAGUACUGUAUUCUCUACUGAAUAUAAAGCAUACUAACCCAUUAAGCUGCAGAGCUUCCCAAUUGACGAGUAAAGUCGUCUGACGUUGGACAAGUACAAAAAAAAGUAGGGCGCACUGGGGUGCAUUGCCGCUCAAUGGGCUAAUGAAGAAUUGAAAUAAUUCUUCAUAGAUAUCAUGAUAAUUUUCUAAAACCUAUGAACUCCAAUUACCAUUACCAAUGUUUAAUUACUAUCCUUGCUUUUUUAUUGUAGCACACAUGUCUACCAAAACAACAUACUACUACAGCAUUACCCCAUGACUGGUUAGAUGAUGAUACGUCAAGUAUGAACUUUAGCGUGAAAGGUAAAACUCUAUUAGAAGUGCUCCAAAGCGUUUUUGGACAUCGGGAUUUUAAACCUGGACAAGAAGAAGCAAUCAGAAGUUUUAUUUCUGGAAAAGACAAAAUUGUCCUCAUACCCACUGGAGGUGGAAAAACUGUGACAUAUGCACUUCCAUGCAUUAUGGCUCCUGGUAUUGCUAUUGUUGUGUCGCCUCUCAUAAUGUUGAUGUACGACCAAGUGUCAAGGCUGCAAAAACAUGGCAUCAACACAUGUUAUUAUAACACUAUGUUGAGUGACAGUGAAAGGCUAAACAUUGUGCAUAAUUUGAAACAAUCCAACUGUCAGUACGAGUUUGUGUUUGUCAGCCAAGAAGCUGUUAUAACUGAUAAUUUUCUAAGUUGUUUAAACAAACUUAGCAGUGAAGGAAUGUUGAGCUUUUUCAUUAUUGAAGACAUUAACAUAACCUUCUCUUCUUCUCUUGUAGAAUAUACAUGCAGGCUUUUUCUGGCCAUAUAAAUCUGACUUCCUACCUGUUAGAAGAUUAAACAUUGUUGUCAUGCAGUUAUUAAUUUAAUAGUAAUCACUUAAUGUUAGGUGACUACUGUAGGACCCCACCCCCAGUUGUAAAUUUGCAAUUGGCGGUAGUCAUUAUUAUAGUAUAAUUACACAAGUAGAUUAUAUAGAAUGAUAUAACAAUUGUUGUAUGGUAAAUGAAUUUUUGGCCAAUAUGAGACACCCAAUUUUCAUCCCCUUGGUAGCACCCCUCCCCCCCCCCCAAGUUGUACUCUUGUCCAUGUAUUUCCUUAAGAUCAGACCCCUGAUGCAUGUCACUGUACAUAUCUACAUUAGUUUUAUGUUAUAUCCCUAUUAAGAUUCUCUCAAUGCAAUGAAAUUAAUUUUUGUCUGUCAAAAUAUAGCAUGGCAUUCAGUUGUUGGUGUAACACAGUUACAGUGUCCAAAGUGUCAUAAUUUUACUCGAUUAUUUGCAGAAAUUGUCAAUGUUUUCUUGCGGUCACAGAAAUUAACAUAUUUUGUCCACCCGUGCCAUUUCAUAUGCCUAGUUACAAUUAUUUUAAUUUACAGAACCACAGAAUAUAACAAAAGUAACUAUAGCAUUAGAGUUAUGUAUAAGAGUUAUUCACUCAUUUAGAUGAUUCUAAAGCUUAGUUACCUUUUUUCUAUUCUAUGUUUCUGUAAACUAGAACAAUAGUAACUAGGCAUGUGAGUUAUCUAAAGCUGUAAUUCCAACAAUUAGGUACUAAGGGGCGGAGCAUUAGAAAAGUGAUGUGGGGGAUUUUCUAAGAGGUAAUUUUUUUUUUGUACACCUAUAGAAGAAUUUUUUUUUUUCUCAAUUGAUGGCUGGAAAUAUUUUUUUAAGUGAACUUUAUAGGCUUAUCUUCCAAACAAGGAAUUUGUUUUUUGCACUGUGCCUGGAGAGAUUUUUUUCCCCUAAUUUUUUUCUGGAAAUAAUUUUUUUCCCCCACUCCCCCCCCCAUCACUUUUCUAAUGGUCCGUCCCUAAACAAACGUUAGCCAAAUUUUCUAUUACCUGCAUAUAAAACAUUGAAAAGUGUGUCAAAAUACAACGAAAAAGUUGAAUGUACUGGUCUGAAAUACUAGUCAAUAUAUUUCCCCAAACCCUUGGGCAAACAUAGACAUGCACUUCAUGUUGUUGGGGAAUUUUGUCAAUAGACAUUAUGAUAAAUGGCGUCACAAGGCUUG